GAAGAAGACUUCUAGGUACACAGCGUGAACAUGUUUGGAGCAGUGGUAGUCGGUAUUGGCACAGCUGGAUGGGUGAGGAUUAGAGACAUCUUGGCCCCCCUGCCUGGCAGUCCUGCAGAGAAACUCACUAUCAGAGGAUUCAUAUCCAGGAGAAGCCUGGACCCUCAGCAGGGGAUAUGUCAGAUCCCAAUUCAAAAGGCUUUGAGCAGAGAGGACAUUCAUGUGGCUUUCAUCUGCACUGAGAAUGUGUUGCAUGAAGAGAACAUCAGAGCUUUCCUGCAGGCAGGUAAACACGUCUGUGUUGAGUAUCCCAUGACCUUGGACUAUAAGGCUGCUGAGGAGCUGUGGGAUUUUGCCGAGAAAAAGGGAGUGAUUCUCCAUGAGGAACACAUCGAGCUGCUAUCAGAAGACUACAAAGCUCUUAAGAGAGAAGUAGAGGGUAAAGUCCUGCAAGAAGGAACCCUUCAUUUUACUGGUGGACCUCUGAAACCUGGAGCUGGUUUCCCAUCAUUCUCUGGCAUUGCUCGCCUCACCUGUUUGGUUGAGUGGUUUGGUGAGCUGUCAGUUACCGCAGCCACCAUGGACCACCAUUCUGAUAGAAACUACAGUAAAAUGACUGCUACGCUUCUUACUGUUGACAACAGACCUUUGACAUGGAUUGAGGAACGGGGACCAAACCUGCAAAGGGCCAAGCACAUCAAUUUUCAAUUCGACACCUGCACUCUUACUCAGAUCCCUCCCACACCCAGAGGGGCUGUGGGCCUCUUCAUGCAGGAUUUAACCUACUUCUCUGCCAAGCUAACAGGUCAAGUGAGCCAGGAGGAGCUUCAGUGGGAAAAACAACGAGUCCUACACUGUCUGAAACUGGCAGAGACAAUACAACAAUUUUGCCAAGUCAUUCCGUGCCGCCAUGUUGAAGGACGUCUCAAGUCGCUUAUUUCGGCAGCGAGGAGCGAGGGAAUAACCCUGAGGAGCUAUGAUCAAGGAAACAUGAGAGCAUCUUUCCAGAAAGUCUUUUUACUGACAGACACGCCCCCCCUUAUCGAAUAUCACUCAUUGAUUGGACGCUGCAGCGGAUCAGACUUCAAUGAAACUUAGUAACA